AUGGCCCUCGGGGCCCGUGGCCUCCUGCUGCUCCUGGCUGUGCCCGGUGUGUCCCUCAGGGCUUUGCAGCCAGGUACAUCUCCAACAGGUGUGCGAGUGUCGUGUACCCCCCAGUUCUAUCCAGCUCCGAACAUCUCCACCUCCCCUGAAGGAAAACUGCCCACCAGGCAGCCACUCCUGGCAUCCCGGGCCUUCUCAGGGGCUCCACCGUUCUCUGAGCCCCUUUCUAGCUGCCCGGGAGCCCUGGUUAGUUUGUGGAGCACGGCACUUACAAACCGCAGCCUGUGCACCAGGCACGCUCACGGCUGCUGGCUGUCAUUUCUGCUGCACCCGCGAUGCUUGUGGGGAAGGCCGGCACACAGGGGAGCUGAAGAGGAAAGUCCCCAAGAAGGCAGGUGUGGUCAGGGAAGGCUUCCUGGAGGAAGCACAGUGGGCUUCUUGGGAUCCCCACCCGCCACCCCUUCCUCCGACUUAGGGUGUGGCCAGCCGCAGCAUUCGGGUGCAGGAGGCCGGAUCGUGGGGGGCCAUGCUGCCCGGGCUGGCGCAUGGCCAUGGCAGGCCAGCCUCCGCCUGCGGAGGGUGCACGUGUGUGGCGGGUCCCUGCUCAGCCCCCAGUGGGUGCUCACAGCUGCCCACUGCUUCUCCGGGUCCCUGAACUCUUCCGAUUACCAGGUGCACCUGGGGGAGCUGGAGAUCACUCUGUCUCCCCACUUCUCCACCGUGAGGCAGAUCAUCCUGCACUCCAGCCCCUCAGGACCGCCGGGGUCCAGCGGGGACAUCGCCCUGGUGCAACUCAGUGUCCCCGUGACCCUCUCCAGCCGGAUCCUGCCCGUCUGCCUCCCGGAGGCCUCAGAUGACUUCUGCCCUGGGAGCCGGUGCUGGGUGACUGGCUGGGGCCACACGCGGGAGGGAGAGCCUCUGCCACCCCCGUACAGCCUUCAGGAGGUGGAAGUCUCCGUGGUGGACACAGAGACCUGCCGCCGGGACUACCCUGGCCCUGGGGGCAGCAUCCUUCAGCCUGACAUGUUGUGCGCCCAGGGCCCCGGGGAUGCCUGCCAGGAUGACUCCGGGGGGCCCCUGGUCUGCCAGGUGAACGGUACCUGGGUGCAGGCUGGCAUCGUGAGCUGGGGUGAGGGCUGCGGCCGCCCCAACAGGCCAGGAGUCUACACCCGUGUCCCUGCCUACGUGAGCUGGAUCCGCCGCCACACCACAGCCUCAGGGGGCCCAGGGUCUGGGUACCCCAGGCUCCCCCUCCUGGCUGGCUUCUUCCUCCCCAGCCUCUUCCUUCUGCUAGUCUCCUGUGUUCUGCUGGCCAAGUGCCUGCUGUGCCCGUCUGGGGAUGGCGCUCCCUUCCCCGCCCCUACUGCCGGCAGGAAUCCAAGCGCAUUUCUUAAAUAAGUUACUAUUUAUUCCGCUCCGCCCCCUCCCUCUCCCUUGAGAAGCUGAGUCUUCCGCAUCAGAUUAUUGCAACAUUUAACCUGAAUUUAAAAGCACACAAAACAAACGUGUCAACGGGAAUCUCACGGCCAAAGCCCCCAGAUGGAGGGGAGGCCCGAUUUGCGUUGGCGCCGGGCGCGUUACUCGACGGAGUCGGCUCCUUAGUGAUGUGAUGUCACCAUCUCCCAGAGUCACAGGACGCUUCCGGGAAGGCCCGAGCGGAACGGAAAGGGUGGUGGCUGGAAGGGGAGGGUGGUGAGGGCGUGACAGGCGGACAAGAACUCAGACUGUGAGUGAAGGUGGCCUUGGGCUGCGGUGGCCGCACCUGCUGCCGGCAAGGGCCCAGGCCCCCAGUGAGUGUCCUGUAACAAUGCGUGGCCUGAGAGGACGCAGCCGGGUACCUUCCCCUCUCUGGCGGGUGCCUGGUCUUCGUCCCACAAACACAGCUUCUCUCACGAUGGGACGCUGACCCAGCCGCCCGCACAGCCU